GCUCGCCUCUGUCCGCUGGAGGCUCCCGCCGAAGACACAGCGCACCCGUAUUUUCCGCUGUGGUGGGAGUGUGGCGGGUCCUUGCCUGCGGCGGGUGUGUGUAGCGAUCUCUCCCUUCGGCGCUGCAGCGCGCGCGGCCGCCAUGGCGCUGGUGCUGGAUCUCCUCAGGCGGGUGCUGGAGUACUUCGGCUGGCCGCCCGACCAGGCCAUAUUUUUGGAAGCUCACAUGUUCAGCAGCAGUAUCAUUCAUAGGAUCAGAAUAUGCCUGCCUACAGCAAUCUCAUCAACAAGGCAUUUCCAGCAGUUAUAUGCAGUCAUAAGGAAGUAUAAGGCUAAGGUCAUAUCUGUUUGUGAAAAAAAGAAAUAUGGAUCUACUCGAAGUGUUGUCCGUAGGCUUGGGACAAUUUUUUCUUUAGAGCCCCACCCAAGACCUUAUUUUCAACUUGUUCGAGACCCAAGUCCAUUGGGUAAUGAUGAACAAAGCACAGCUCUGCCUCCUGUAGCUCCAUCACUUGCUGAUGUCCUGUGCAUGGAAAAUAACGAGGGACAAGCAUUUACUAGACUUAGGACUGAAUUAUGGAAAAAAGAAAAAAGUACAGUGUAUCAUGACCUACAUCCAUCUAUAGAUUCAAUACAAAGUGUUAUAAAACACAGUACACAAAAAGACUGUCUUGUUGAUCAAGCAGCACUCCAGAAAAUUUCUGCACUUGAAGAUGAGCUAACCUUUCUUCGUGGUCAGAUUGCUGCAAUUGUUUCAGCGCAGACAUUGGGAAGCAUUCCAUCACAAGCCUUUAAAACAUUCAGCACAUCAGAUGGAUUUUACCCAGUGCCAGCCAUGACUUCUACGCCACUGUCCGUCUCUCACAAUCGCUUUGUAAUUCCCUCGCCUCCUCCACUUCCUUCUGGUGUACCAUCUGGUGUUGGUGCUGGUAAUUCGGGAAUUGAACUUAUAAAACAACGUCGUGCUGAAAGAAACAGUGGUUCAACUGCAGCUGGUAGUGCUGAUCACCAGAGGACAAAAAAUGUUCCUAGUAUGAUGGAUGUUUUGAAAGACCUAAACAAAGUUCAGUUGCGAGCUACUGAGAGGUCACCUGGAGGUACUCCUCUUUCUAAACCCAAAAAGGGGCAAAGUUCUGACUGGGAUCCAGUUGCUCUACUAACUCAUGCACUGAAGCAGAAAUUUGCACAUAAAAAUGAUGAUGAAGAUGAUUCCCUGGACAAAGAAAAUCAAUCUUUUGAUAGCUCCCCAUUUUCUAGUCCAGAGAUUCCACUGGUUGGACGUUGCAGUCUGAAGCCAAGUGGAAAAUCUAGCCUUACAAGAACUGAUGAAGUUAAGCAGGUACCAAUGUGGAAAGUGAGAGCUCAUAUUUAACUAAUGGAGACUUCUGAGGAAACUUCAUAAGUGUGUGUAAGUGGCGGGUCCACUUUGAAGCUGCUGUAAGGUGCUGUAAUGUGUUCUAGCACGUCUCCUAUGCUACUGAAGUUUGAAUAGGGUUUGUAAAAUUGCCUUUUCCUUCCCCUUAGUUUCCUAGCAGCCAAACUUGUGAAUGUGAUGCUUUUACGAGAAGCAUAGACCCCAAAAGAAGGCUUUUAUUGUCAUGGAGCAGUGUCUUUGAAACCUGGGAAAUGUAGGAAAGAAGUGUGUGUGAGAGAAAAAAUAGGUACUGGUGUAGCAGCUGAGGUGCGUGCUCCUUUUGCACUCCAGUGUAAAUAAUGAGGAAGUGUAAACUUUUUGUUCAUGUGUUAUGUAUAAUUCACUGUAUAUAAUGGUAGCUAAUGCUGUUUCAUUAGAAUGGUAUAGUUGCCUCAGUUUUCCUUGCAGUUUGGUGAUGCAACUCCAUAUUCCAUGUGCAAACAGUAUUCUAAUUUAUUUUGGGUGAGUAGAUGAACUUUUAUGGUUGUGAAACUUAGUGCGGUAAGUAAACUGCAGGUUGUCUGUUAAAUGUCUGUAAUAUGGGGGAGUUGUGUUCUGAGAUAAAGACCUUGUAGAGAGAUCUGCUAGCACAUAGUCUAAAUUUCAUAUGUAAAUAAACAUUAUCUCUCUCCUUGGCUUCUCCAUACUAAGUCUGUUUUGUUCACAAGAGUUCAUAAAAUAAAAUUUACUUUAUA